AUGUCUGGUGUCAAGGUCUCAGAGAAGAGUCAAUGCGAUAUUCUAUACUGGAAGAAUCCAGUUGAAACCGGUAAAGUCCUUGGUGGUGCUUUAGUUGCGUUGUUGGUUAUCAAGAAAGUCAAUUUGAUUUCCUUGUUUUUGAAGCUGUUGUAUACCGUUUUGUUUGCCACUGCUUCUGUCGAAUUUUUAAGCAAAUUGAUUUUGAAUAAAGGUUUAGUUACAACGUAUGGUAUUAAGGAAUGUCCAGAUAUUGCUGGUACCAUCAAGCCAUACAUUGACGAAGCGUUAAAGCAAUUACCUGUGUAUCAGGCGAAGUUCAGAAAGUUGGUGUUUGCUUCUUCUCCAGAAUGCUCUUUCAAAGCAGCUGGUGUCGUUUACAUCGCUCACAAGUUGAUUUCUUUCUUGUCCCUUUGGACCAUUGCUCUUGUUUCUACUCUAGCCACUUUCUCUGUACCAAUCUUGUACAAGACCUACCAAAAGGAAAUUGAUGCUGCUGUCGAACAAGGUGUGUCUGUUGCGAAGACCAAGUCUUCGGAAUACCAAAAAUUGGUCCAAGAAAAGGCUACUCCAUACGUAAAGCAAUUGGAUGAAAAGUUGGGUCCUGUCAGUGGAUUUGUCAAGUCUAAGAUCCCUCAAUCAAGAGUUACUCCAGAAUCCACAACUGCUAAAUUGGCUGCUGAUGUUCCUUUAGAAUCCAAUGAGCAAUCUACUGCUACUACUUCCGGUGCCUCUUUCCCAUCUGUGCCAAAGACUGAUUUGAAGCAAUCUGUCCAAGAUGUUCAAGAUAAGGUUGAUGACCUUUCUGUCGAUGACCUGAAGCAAGAAAUUGAAAACAACAAAGCUCUUCCAGCUUUAUAA